CGGAUGUAAGAGGAGAAAAAAUCCGUAGUUGAGGCUUCAUGAUAUCCUGAAAUACAUCAAAUGCAAGAGAUUUUCCUUUUAAAAGAGAACAACACGAUACAUCUAUUAACGUUGUGGGUAUCAUUGGCUAGAGGCUUCACAAAGCUUAGAAUAUGGGCAAUUGCAGACCAAGGAACCCCUUCUUGAUAUUCAUUCUACCGAUACUGUUUUCUUCACAGGGCAGAUGCCAAAAUGUUCUAGGGAUCCUUCUUUCCACAUAGAAGAAGCCACAAUUCAACAAAUCCAAUUAGCGUUCAAGACAGGCAGGCUUACAUCAAUAAGCCUUGUGGAAUUCUAUCUCCACACCAUUGAAAAACUCAAUCCAGAACUCCAUGCUGUGAUCGAAGUGAAUCCUGAUGUUCUCCUGCUGGCUGAGAAAGCAGAUGUAGAAAGGCACAAAGCAGGAGGAUACAUUGGUGGCCUCCAUGGAAUACCUGUACUUCUCAAAGACAACAUUUCUACCAAGGAUAAGCUCAAUACCACUGCAGGCUUAUUUGCCCUUUUGGGCUCACAGGUCCCAAGAGAUGCAGGUGUGGUAUCCAAGCUGAGGAAGGCCGGUGCCAUAAUAUUGGGAAAGGCCAGCUUAAGUGAAUGGGCACAUUUCAGGUCAUUCAAUAUCCCUAGUGGAUGGAGUGCUAGAGGUGGUCAGUGCAAGAAUCCUUAUGUUUUGACAGCUGAUCCCUGUGGAUCAAGCACUGGAUCAGCAGUAGGAGUGUCAGCAAACAUGGUUACAGUGUCAUUAGGUACAGAAACAGAUGGCUCAAUUCUUUGCCCAUCUAGUUUUAACAGUGUUGUGGGAAUAAAACCUACAGUUGGGUUAACAAGCAGGGCUGGAGUCAUUCCCAUCUCACACAACCAAGAUACUGUGGGACCUAUUUGCAGAACUGUAUCGGAUGCAGUUUACCUGCUAGAUGAGAUUGUUGGGUAUGACAUACAUGAUCAUGAAGCCACAAAGAGUGCAGCUCAGUUAAUUCCAAAAAGUGGGUACAAGCAGUUUCUCAAGAUUGAUGGGUUGCAGGGUAAGAGGUUGGGUGUUGUUCGAAACCCAGACUUAUUGCUGGGGUCCUCUGAAGCAGUAUCCUUUGAGGAGCAUCUGGAAACUAUGAGGAGGGAAGGCGCAAUUUUGGUGGAAAAUGAAAUGUUCAGUGGUCUCUUAAAUAUAAGCAACGAUAUGGAGGAAAUAGUGGUAAAAUACGAUUUUAAACAUGACCUGAAUAUCUACCUUUCAGAGCUCCUGCAAUCUUCUGUUCGUACAUUGGCUGAUAUCAUCUCUUUCAAUAUCCAGCAUGCUACUGAGGAAGAGAUUUUGAGCUACGGACAAGAGAUUUUCCUCCAGGCUCAGAACACAUCAGACUUAAAUACACAGCAAUAUAGAGAAGCCCUUGAGGGAAACCACAUGCUAACGAAAAAUGGAAUCCAUAAAGUUCUAGUAACAUAUGAACUUGAUGCCCUUGUGACCCUUGAUGAUAGAAUUUAUACAGUUCUAGCCAUUGCAGGGUAUCCUGGUAUAAGUGUACCUGCAGGUUACAGUAAAUCUGGUGUUCCCUUUGGUAUAUAUUUUGGAGGCGGAAGGGGUUCAGAGCCUACUCUCAUUGAGAUUGCAUAUGCUUUUGAACAAGUAACCAAGAUCAGGAUGAUUCCUUAUUCCUUUAUUUACCAGACAGAAAAUUGUGAAAAGUUUCUCUGAGGAAAUGUUGGUGUAAUGCCUUCCAUCCAUACAGGUACCCAAGCUUCACUAGCUUCACUAGCUUCAUCAUUACUACUGAUGUAAAAUUACUGUUAUUAUUGGAUGUUAUAUAAGUAAAGUUUUGACUUUUCA